AUGAUACUGUCCAGAAGGAAAACGGUUCUGUUUGUGUCCAACCUGGAGUCUCAAAGAGGAAGUUUUAUUGAGUUUGGCUUCUGUUCAGCGUAUCAACAGGAUACAAUCCGAGAGCUGGAACCACUGCGAUCCCACCUGAGACUGGCGACAGAGGAAUGUGACAGGAGGAUUCAAGCUCGCUGGGCAGAGGAGCAGGCCGAGAUCGGAGCCUUGAAAAGGGAGAAGCAGCAACUGCAGAGGGACGUUGAGGUCAUGAGGGAGAAAGAAAAGGCCACGCAGGCAGUGGUGGACCGUCUGCAGUCUGAACUGUCCAACCAGUACCUGCAGUACCGGGAGGAGCGUGAUGCCCGCCAGCUGCUGAUCUGGCAGCUCAAUGAUCUCACGAGAGGCUCUGUGAAGGGGAAUCGUCCCAUGGAUGAAAACACGGGAGGGGCUCAGGACCCUGUGCAGCUGCAGCUGGCUCUGAAGGUGUGUCGGAAAGACCUGACAAAGGCCCAGGAGGAGCUCACCAGGAUGAAGGCGGACUACUGGGACGUCGUGCCCAGACGCAACUGGGACACCCUGGAACAAACACACAAACAGGACCUCCUGCAGUUGAAGACGUUGCAGGGUGACUUUGACCAGUUGAAGAGUGAGUACGACAUCCUGCUGGAGCUCCACAAAGGAGGCAGCGUGCAGACUGAGGCACGCGACCCCGUCCCCGUGCAGAUGGAGGAUAGUUUGUUUCAGGGGCAAAGACAGAUUCAGUCCGACCACCUCAAAGACCCGGUCAACUCCAAUGCCCCUCAGAGCGGCACACUCACCGUCCAGGAGUUGAGGAUGGCCCCGAAAACAGGGUUCCCUUUGAAGUCAGAUCAGGAAAUGGAUGAAGUUGUGGACUCGGCUCAAAGCGAACCAGACAACAUCAAUGAUGCCAUCUCCUCUCAGGGACUCCACAGCCACCUGCCAGCAGCAUCCGGUGCGGGAGCCUUACCUCCAGUUCUAGAAGAAUCAGAGGAAAAUGCUUCAUCACAUCCCUGAUAUAAUGUUGUUGUACACAUUUGAUGGAUUGUUCGCUAAAGAGAUCGGACAACUUGCUGUCAGAAAACAAUGGUGCAUGGAACCUUAAUUCUUGAAUCACAAAUUGUAAGCACAACACUUUUCUUUUUUUUAAACAGUUCCUGAUAUUUAGAUAUGACAAAUGUUAUGUACACUAAUCAUGCAAUAUCAGUCAGCUAUCAAUCAAAAUAAAACAGUGAUAUUCACCUCCAUUGUAUUGGGAGCUGCAAUAGAAGCCGCACAAUGUGGAUUUGGUAGAGGAAAUGUAAUUUGACUGACUCUGAGACGCU